AUGAAUGGGGCUAUACUUCCAAACACCCCUAUAGCUGUGGAUUUUUGGCAGAUAAGGCGAUGCAGCCAUGUUCGACUCUUUUUCCUUUCUCAUAUGCACAGUGACCAUACAGUAGGCUUAUCUUCAACAUGGAAUCACCCAUUGUACUGUUCACCCAUCACAGCCAGAAUACUGAAGCAUAAGCUACAGGUUAACAGUAAGUGGAUCAAUACAUUAGAAGUUGGUGUGUGCCAUAUGCUGCCAUUGGAUGACUGCGGAAUUGAAACAGUGGCUGUCACUUUAAUAGAUGCCAACCAUUGCCCUGGUUCUGUUAUGUUCCUGUUUGAAGGCUACUUUGGUGCUAUCUUAUAUACAGGUGAUUUCCGCUACAGCCCACUGAUGCUAAAAUAUCCUCCUCUAAAGAACAAGAAAAUUGAUGUUUUGUACUUGGAUAAUACAAACUGUGAUCCUGAGAUAAAGCUGCCUUCUCGAAAGGAAGCCACAAAAGAAAUAGAAGAUAUCAUUGAGAACCACCCAGAGCAUGACAUAGUAAUUGGUGUUUACAGCAUUGGAAAAGAGUCUCUCCUUGUUGACUUGGCUAAGAUGUUUAAAACUUGGGUGUUUGUUAGCCCGCAGAGAAUGGAAUUGCUUAACCUAUUUGAUAUUGAAGAUGUUUUUACAACACAGGAGGGAGGAGGAAGAAUCCGCAUUGUGGAGCAGAGUGAGGUCAUUUAUGCUAACAUGGUUAAAUGGAAUUCUAUUUACCCAACAAUAGCUAUUCUCCCCACCAGUCGAAAAGUGAAGACCUGGCAUAAAGAUAUCUAUGUUGUACCAUACUCUGAUCAUUCUUCAUUUGAUGAACUCCAUGAGUUUGUAUCUCGAAUAAGGCCUUGUUCCAUAGUUCCUGUGGUGAAGACACAACAAUGCUGGCUUCACUUUAAUAAAUAUUUAAAUUCUGAGACUAUGAAAAAUGAUGUAAGAAUUCCAAGUUCUGUAAAAGACUAUAUGAGAAGUCAAAGAUUAUCAAGUAAAUUGAGAGCUAAAAUGAUCAAGGUUUCUGUAAAUAGAACGUCACCUCGAGGAGUUGAAUUUGAAACUCCUGAAAAACAAAGUAAUGCAGAGCAUGUUUGUGGAGGAGAAGGUAAAAAGACCACAGUUUCAACAGAGCAAAAUAACCGUCAGCAGCUAAGUACUAUUGGUGGGUCUUCAUUGAUUUCAGAACAAUGCUCAAUUCCAGCACCUUUGAGCGAGUCUACCGUGCUUGUGUCAAACAUGAACGCCUCGACAGAUACCUCUCCAUGGUUCAAGAACACUUUGCAAACUUUUGAAAAUGAAACCGAAAUGCCUUCUGCCAUCUGGUCACCCCAGAACAUGAAUGGGACAGUUCUGUCUGACACAUCUGUAUUGUAUGCAGAAACAAAAAGUAACGUCAUUACUUUUUCUUCUCAUGCUCCAUGUGUGCCUUUAUCCUUUACAAGGGCAGAUAGGCUUUCCUUGUUGCCUUGUAGUAGAAGACAACUGUUUGGUUCAAAGCACUUUCAUGAUCAAGUUGAGCAAUAUAUUAGGAACUGUAUUCACUGA